CUGCCCCUGCUCGGUGGGUCACGAUGGGCAGCAUGAUGGCUUCCGCCAGCAGGGUCGUGCAGGUAGUGAAGCCACAUACUCCAUUAAUAAGGUUCCCUGACAGAAGAGAAAAUCCUAAACUCAGUGCCUCAGACGUUUUGAGAUCUGCUGGGCUACCCUCUCACUCUUCUGUAAUUUCACAGCAUUCUAAAGGAAGCAUAGCCCCAGAUCUGCUGAUGCAUCCGGGGCCACCAGACACUGCAGAAAUACUAAGAACAUUACCUCAGAAGUACAGAAGGAAACCUAUAUCUCAAGAAGAAAUGGACUUCAUCCAGUGUGGAGGUCCAGAAUGA